AAAAUUAUGAAGUCAAUUAGGCAAGAUAUUGAAGAUUAAAGUAGGAUUAUAAACUUACUAGUGCUGCACGGGUUCAAGCUCAUUAGCUGAUUUUAGGGGCUCCUAACGGCCUACAAAUCUUUAUAUAUUCUUUAUAUAUAUUAAUCGAGCUAAGUGAAGUUCCCGCUUAUCUGUUUAGGAAGUUCUUGCAUCGCUGAGAGCAUCCUCCUCCUACACGGCUCUUUGGAGUUUCAGCACAGUUCUUCAAUUCCUUUGACAUCUGUUGGUCACACGCUUGCUAUCUCCAACUUUUUUUCUCAUUCCAUUAUUUCCGAUUCUAUCCAGAUAUCCUCCGCUGUUCUGAAGACGGAUGGCUAUUUCUUUCAAUCUAUUUCUUCUUCAAAGACUCCUAAGUAUCUGACUUCAAAGAUUCCAAGGCAUCCCAAUGUAUAUGAGCUUUCCUUCUAUUUUCCAGCCAGAGAAUUUGAUACCAUAUACCGCUUCGAGACUCAAAGUUUCUGAUUUUGGAUUGACUGCUCUCUCCAGCAAAUCAGGAUAAUCGCAUGGUUAUCUACCCCUUACCCUUGCAAUGGUUUUCGUAGCAAAUCCGGGUAAUCGUAUGGUUUUUGUAAGCAAGUAGAAGAGCAUGAGCGAGCAGACGUGGCAGAAUCCUUGUACUAUGAGGCACAUUGUCGGAUUAAGGAUCCAGUUUAUGGUUGUGCUGGAAUAAUCACUAUUUUAUGUGACCAAAUUUACAAUCUUGAAUGUCAAUUGGCCAGAGUUCAAGCUCAGAUGCAAAUCCUGAAAGCACAGCAACUAGGGCCAUGUUUGGAAGACCCGCAACCUCAAUUCUCACAACAUUUUCCCUUGAACAACUUUAGGUAGAAAUGUAGAAUCUGUCCACAUCAUUACUAUUAUUAGAGAGGCCUCAAAAAACUCACAAAGAAAUUUUCCUCACUUUGAUAUGGUAGGUUAUAUAGAUAGGAAAGCUCUUGUGAUAAAAGGUACUCUCAUAAAAACCCUCCCAAGUCUUACCAGUUUUCCCAAUUUAGGCCGAUCAGUCUUAGUAACUUCAUUAAUAAAAUCUUCACUAAGAUAAUCACUAUGAGAAUAACCCCUCUUCUACCGAGAAUUAUUUCUGUUGAGCAAACUGCUUUUCAACAUGGUAAGGAGAUUUCUGAUAAUAUUUUGGUCCUAAGAGAAUUAGUUAACCACAUUAACAAAAAGAUUAGGGGGCACAAUAUUAUCUUUAAAUUUGAUAUGAUGAAAGCGUUUGAUAGGAUCUCUUGGUCCUUUAUUACUCAUGUGCUUCGUAAAUUUGGUUUCCAUCCGCACUUUAUUGACCUUAUUUACAAUAAUCUCAACGCUACUUGGUUUUCUGUGCUUAUCAAUGGUUCCCCCAAAGGUUUUUUCAAACCUAGUAGGGGAGUCAAACAAGGUGACCC